AUGUUGGAACAGCACCAGCUGUUCAUGUUUCUGCUUGGUGCUCGUAUUCUGCCUUUCUGUCCUCAUUGGUUGCUGAACAUCUGCUCUCCAUUUGUCGGGAUUUCAUUACCUCUUCAUGCAUCAACAGUGCUCAUAGGUCUGAUUCCUUACAAUGUGCUAUGCGUUCGUGCAGGCCGUGUGUUGGCUGAAGUACGUUCAGUGCAUGACGUGUUCGACUUGGCGACCAUUCUCGAACUCGUCGCCCUGGCGAUUGCUCUGGUCAUCAUCGGACUGCUUUCAAGACGACGUCGGAGAGGACAAAACGAGGAGCCUCGUGCACCUUCUGGAUAG